UAAUCCAAAAAACGAGAAAGAAGUGGAAAAGGAAGGAUUGAAAAAAAAAAAGAGAGAAAAAAAAAUAGAAAAAAAAAAGAAAAAGAAAAAAGGGGAAAAAAGAAGAAGAAACGAAGGACGCCCGGCAUCGGUGACGUCACUGCAUAUUUCCUCUCUCUUUCUUUCUCUUUUUCGUCACUUAAUAAGAGCGAGAACGAGAAUAAGAGAGCGAGAUAAAUGCAGAGAAGCUUUAACCUUCUAGCUCGAGAACCGAUCGAUCGGGUGCGCGCGACGUACAGUACACAACGAAGCUCUUUUAUCGGUCGGAAGAAAGUUUAAGGCCGUGCGGCAGCACCGAUGGACAGGCGCCGUUCGUAGAUUCAGGAAGCAAGGCGAUUGGUUCGUGCACCGCUCUCGACCGUUCUUUGGCCCAAUCGCCUGCCUCGUUUAUUAACCCUUCCGGCCAUUUUUGUUUUUGUUUUUGUUUUUGUUAUCUUUCUCUUUCUUCCUCUCUUUUCGUUUCUUUUUUUUUUCCCCUCCUUUUUUUUUUAUUUUUUUAUUUUUUCAACGUCUCGCGAAAGGACCAAUUUUAUAAUUAUCGACAAAGAAAAAAAUGAGUCUCCUGUCUUCCAGCAUCGGCAGCGUUCGCUGCUUAGCGGAUGAGGAAGCUGAUAACAACAUGCUUCAGGAUCUUCAAUUAGCAGCGGAACUUGGCAAGACUUUGUUAGAACGGAAUAAGGAACUCGAGAAUAUAAUCAAAAUUCAUCAGUCCACGAUCGAGGAACAAGCGCAAGAAAUAGAAUAUAUGAAGAAGCAAACUGCUGCAUUGAGGGAAGUCAAUGAUUCGCGUCUUAAGAUUUACGAACAAUUAGAAGUCAGUAUACAAGAUUUGGAGCGUGCCAAUCAUCGUCUGGUCGUCGAGAAUACUGGCGAUAAAAAGCUAAUAAAAAAUCAAAGCUUAACCAUUGAAAAUCUCGAGACACGAUGCGAGGAACUUCAAAAGAAAAUCGACGAUCUUACAUCACAGAGAGAAGUAUUGCUUCGUCAGCAAACAGCAAAUCAAAAUCCUGCCGUCGUUCAAAUGCAAUCAGUUUCUUGGAAAGCAGCGGUAACGCCUGGUGGCAGUAUACGACAGAGCGCUGCCCCGAGCUCACCGAAUGUUUUUCAAGAAAUCAAUAAUGAUUCUAAUUUACAACAACCUGUAACGACAGCCUCGAACGAAGAAGAACUGACGGAUCUAUUAAUUCAAUUACAAGAAGCUCGUAGUCAAAGAGCUAGAGAACAAAAAAAAGUUGCUGAGCUUGGUCAACAAUUGACAACAUUGUUACAAGAGAAUAGUACUUUGGAAGAGCAAUUAACUUUUUGGCGUAGCAAAGCACAGGACGUGAAGAAUUUGCAAGAUGAAAUAAAUACCCUCGAGGAAGUUAGACGGGGCCAAUUAUGCGGACGUUGCCUUCGUGGAAUGGACACCAGAAAUCAUGAUGAAUUAUCCGUUCUGGAUGGAGAGGAGUACGAUGACAUUAGUAUUGCAGGUUCGCUCAUUAACGAACAAACUGAUCCUGAACCAGUUGUACAGGAAACUUGCAACAACAACAAGACAGGAGUGACGAGCGAGGUAAAUACCAACCCGUACAGAGAAUUGGUCGAAAAGUAUCAAGCGUUAUUGGAAGUCCAGAGAUUAUCGGCACCUCGUAGAAAGAACAGUAUUCCAACGAUCGGUGGUUGUAUGUCGCUUCAAGAAGAACUCGAAAUGUCAGGGGAGUACAAUUGUUUCCAGAAUCCAUCAACGGAGAACGAAUUACAACAGGAAGGUGGAAUAAAGUCUGGAAUGAUCGGUAAUAAUGCAGGUGGCGGUAGACGCGGUAAAGGAGAUAAUAUUGGGAAAAAAGCAUUUUCCGCAACACCGACAGAUUUUUCCGAGGCGGAAACAUCGUCUUCCGGUUUCUCGGAUGAAACAAGUAAUAAGGCAACGCAAACAGAUGGUAGACCCGGUUCAUUUCUCUGUUCGAUUGCCGACGGCGAGGAUUGCAAAUUUAGCAUUUAUGAUGAUAACAGUCCAUUCGAAAGUAGAUUUAGAAAGACCCCGGAAUAUAGACAAAUUUUUAGCGAGAUCUUUCGUGUAUUGAAGCGAGCUGCCGAGGCAAAGGACGAAGGUGAAAAGUUACCUUUGUUGGAUGAUCAAACGAAUAGCAGUGGCAAUGAUAGUGCUCAUUCAGAAAAUCGUAAUGAUAGUACGAAUCUUGGACAAGACGAUGUACCAAGCGAGACAACGGAUGAUAAUCAAAGUAUCAUGUCCUCGGUCAUUUCUUCGGUUGUCUCGGAGCCACCUUAUAAAAUGCAAACGCCAAUAACGUCAAAAGAAUCUACAAAGAAAGAAACUAACGAUAAAUCUCAAUCUGAUAUUGGUAAGACCGAGAAGACGUUGGAUAAUAGAGCGACCAAGCUCGAUUUCGUUUCCGUAAAUGUACACGUUAAAAAGAAUAGGUCGUCCGCGAAGAAGAAUCCUGCGAAAAAGUUGGCAUUUAACGAACGGCCAAAAACACCGAACAUUGUGCCAACUACGAAUCCUACUUUCGUCCAAGGCAAAUCUAAUAGCGGCGGCGGUAGACGAAGAUUUAGAGCUUUGACUCCGGUCGAACAUGAAGGUACUAACGUUUGGAAUAAUAGCUCUCAAUAUAAUCAAUCGAAAACGAGAGAAUCGCCAAAUACAGUUAGAAAAUCGCAAACGUUCGUAAAUCGUAACGCAACGGAGCAAAAUAGUCAUUCCUUCGAAUAUAGCGAAUAUAAACCUAGCACAGCCUCCGAAGAAGUCGCUAAAUUAAAACGUCUCGAAUUGUCUUAUGCCGAGGUUCUUAGAAUGCCAAACAAGUCCAAAGCGAAUCAUCAUAGAAGUUAAAUUAUUAUAACUCGCCGAAACACACACAUGCGCGCUCACACGCACAUACACACAUACAUACAUACAUACAUACAUACAUACAUCAUACAUACAUACAUACAUACA